CUACAAAAAUAACAUUGAUUAUUUAUUUGGACAGAGUCAUUGACAGAACCACAAUGCAGGCAAGAAGGAGAUUCAAAGCUCCCCAGAUAUUGAUGGUCAUCAUGACGUCCAUUUUAGCGACAUGUACAAUUUCCCUUUAUUUCACGAGUAAUGACCGUUUCAAAACCACGCUGAUCAAGGGACUUACAGAUAUGGAGAAGAGAAGCAACUUCAACAUUCACCCCUGGGAAGUGUUUUCAACCUUGAAAUCAAUGCGAAAAGGGAAAAUAAUUGUCUACAAUAGAGUGGGAAAAUGUGGAAGCCGCACUAUGAUACAUCUCAUGGCCACACUGACAAAAAAACUGGGGUAUAAAGUGAUUGGUUCAACCCAGAAUAGUAACGGAGAAGUCACUCUUCGCGAACAGGUUGAGCUUGUGGACCUCAUAGAUCAGUUCCAGCCACCAUUCAUCUAUCAUCACCACAUACGUUUCGUCGACUUUAAGAGAUUUGGCGCCGUUCAACCCAUUUACAUCAACUUGAUAAGGGAUCCCCUGGCUCGUAUGGUCUCUUCGUACUACUACACAAGAUUCGGGGAUCAUAGAGAAGGUGAAAGAAAUUGGAGCUUCAAAGGCACGGAGGAACAGAAAAAUAUGACCUUUGAUGAAUGCGUCAAAAAGGAAAUGAAUGACUGCGUCAAACCGCAAAGAGUGUUUUACAUCAUCCCUUACUUUUGUGGCAAUGAAGCCUUCUGCAGGAAACCAACAAGUCAAGCGCUUGAACAGGCCAAGAAAAACGUCAUGGAAAAUUAUUUGGUAGUUGGUGUUACGGAGCAGUUGGAAGAUUUUCUAUUUGUCCUUGAAAAACUUUUACCAGAAUUUUUCACGGGCGUACUAGACACCUAUAAGACUCCAGACGAUAAUCUCAAUUCCAGGAUGACAUCUACCAGAACCGCGAACAAGAGGGGACCUUCUCCGGAGGUGCAAGAGAUAAUGAAGAAACGUAUGGAAUUAGAAUAUGAAUUUUAUGACUUUGUAAAGGAAAGAUUUAAUAGGCUGAAAGCCGAACUGAUGUCUGGAAAAAAUUGCUGAGUGCUGGGCGACCAAAUUUGUCUGAAUAGUGAACCCUCGCUUUGCAAGGGAGCAUACGAAUGGAAGUUUGAGAGAAAACUUCAGUGAAGACAUUUUGACAUUUAUAGUGAGUUUCAGUCAGUCAUAACUGAAUUGUUAGUUAGAGGUGGACCUCUGUUAACUGUUAUCGUAAAUUGUAGUGUCUUCAAGGCGCUCUUUUGUGAUUAUAACUUAACGACAGGGGUGCUUAGUUCUCCAUUAAUUUUCCAUCAAGAUACAAUUGACCUAGCUUUGAAGAUAGAAUUUGAAAAUCUUUCCAAUAACUUUUUUUCCUUUAAUGUUGUGGUCAUUUGUCAAGCCACGGCCGCCAUUGGUACAGUUUCAUCGUUUUUUUUAACUUUUAUAUGCUAUAAUCAUCUUCAUUGAUAUCAAGAUUACAAUCAUCUUAUUUAUCGUUUACUAGCUUUUAUCAUUCAUUGUGAACCUUGAUUGUAUCUGACUAUUAUACAUGUGCGCCUUUUACCGUAGAUUGAAAAAAAGGCAUUGUGGCAUAUUUACGUCUAAUCAUGUACAUGACAAAAAAAACAAUACGCGCGUCUGAUUGGGUGAAAACGAGUGUAUUUUUUUAUGCAACACGAAUGCAAAGUUAAGACACUCGUGUCUAUUUAAACCAAAUUGCAUUCGGAAUCAUUUUAUAACCUAUAUUUAUUUGUAUUCGUCAUGUCAUUGCUUUUAUCUUACAUAGCGAACUAGGUUUGUCUAUUAUACACUGUAAAAUAUGUACUUUUUACCGUAAGUUUGUAACGCGCAUGUUGGCAUAUUCGUAUUGAUUGAAUAUUCAAGGUAUGCCUAUGUAGGUAGGCUUUGGUUGUUAUAAAUGUAUGAGGUCAAUUGCAUUUAUAACAUAGCUAGUAAAUUCGUCUAAUCAAAUUCAA